AGAAAAGAAAAAAAAAAAAAGCAAAGAAGACAACUCCAUGGCAGCUCCGACGAUAAGAACCGUCGCAAGUUACCUCACUCACCAAGAGCACUCCGUCGAUUUCUUUGGAGAAGAGUUCAUCGUCACCGUAACGCCGGAUUCCUCCGUCAUCAGCCGAUGGAUUCGCGACGCCCUCUUCAACACCCGUUUCUCCUCUCACCCUCUCGUCGUUGGCGUCGGCGUCCAGUGGACACCGUUAACUUACUACUCCGAUCCUCCGCCGAGUGGUUACUACGCCGCCGAUCCUCUUCCGGGCAGUUACUACGCCGAUCCUCCGCCGGGCUGUUACUACGCCGCCGAUCCUCCGCCUUCUGGUAGAUCCUACUCGGAUAGUCCAGCGGAUACACUCCAGUUAUGCGUGGGUAACAAAUGUCUCAUCAUCCAGUUAGGUUACUGUGAGCAAGUCCCCAACAGUCUCCGCAGUUUCUUGAAGGAUCCAGAAACAACGUUCGUAGGCGUCUGGAACAGUCAAGACGCAAGGAAGCUGGCUAUAUGUUGUCACCAGUUGGAGAUCGGACAACUUCUGGACAUAAGGCGGUACGUGAAUGAUUCGUGGGGAAGGAGCAUGAGGGGUUGUUCUUUUGAAGAGAUUGUCGAGGAAGUUAUGGGUUAUCAAGGAGUGAGGCUAGAUCCGGAGAUAAGCAUGAGUGAUUGGACUGCUUACGACCUUGACGAUGAUCAGAUCCUUCAGGCUUCACUUGAUGCUUACGUUUGCCAUCAGCUUGGUGUUUGGGCUCGUCUUUGGGAAGCUUGAAAAAAAAAAGUAUCAACAUGAAUAAAUUGUGACUUCAGGAUCGCUUGAAACUUUGCUUUGUUUUUUUUUUUUUUGUUGACUAUGCUUUGAAUCUUCUUUUUUUGUUAGGA